AUGGCCAGAAAUAAAGUAGCCGAGCACACUCAUAACUCAAUAAUCAUACUCAACGUCUGCAACACAGACCCAUCAGGUGUCCAUCCGGGCAUUUCGGCAACAACACUAGCCAAUGAAAAAAAGCUAAACAAAGCCUUCAAGGAAUCUAAGCAUGUUAUGCUGGUCUUCUCUGUGCAAGGAAGUGGACACUUUCAAGGCUAUGCACAGAUGACGUCACCCAUUGGUAAAGACAAGUCUCUGGAGUUUGGUUCAAGUUCACUAAGCGGUGUUUUUAGUGUCGAAAAUUGGAAAUCUAGGAAUCACAAACAUGCUCAUCUUCUGCAGGAGCUGGAGCCUAGAAUAGGGGAAGAAUUCUGCAAGCUAUGGGACGCUGACCAAGCUGGCGGGACUGGACGAACUCCACGAUCAACAAACAGCACGAGUAGACGUGGCAAGCCCUCUGGACCCGCCCAAACCGAUCCCCACCCCACCACUGGUCAGUGGCAAGGUGCACAGUACACUGCCAUGCAACAGGUGUACGCCACCCAAACCCCCUCUAUGCCAAUACCUGUUCCCAUUCCUUCAGCGCACUCUCGACUCACCAUUGCUGCACCGUGUUCUCGUCCCCAAGUUAUGGCAGCCCAGCCUAUGGCUGUCUACCCACAUCACGCCCUCCCUUUCGGUGCUCAUGCAAUGGCACUGAAGUCUCAGUUUCGUCCAGCGGCGUCUCCAAGGUUCCCCGGGGCAGUUGUUCAGGCACCCCAUAUAAGGACAAUGGGUGCACCACCACGUGCAUCAAGAGGCUCGUAUAAUUCUCCAAGGAGGUGA